AUGCCUUCAACGAACGACCUCGCUGAUCCCAAGGAAUAUCAGAAGAUCUUCCACUGGGCCGAGACACAAAAGGAUGGAGUUAUUCCGUCCUUCAACACACGAAAAAAUGAUCCAUACAAGUAUCAAGAAGGAUUCGGAAAUCAUUUCUCCUCCGAGGCAAUCCCCGGGACAAUCCCACAGGGCCAGAACUCUCCACGGAAUGUUCGUUUUGGGUUGUAUGCCGAACAAAUGACAGCUUCAGCGUUCGUUGCGCCCCGAAAUGCGAACAAAAAGGCAUGGUUGUACCGUGUGCGGCCAGCCGUGGCUCAUCAGGGAUUUACUGAACUUCCCGACAACAAAGAUACAGAGUCCUGCUUUCUCCCCCUUAAUCCCAAGAUCCACGUCUCGCCUACCCAGCUAGCUUGGCUGCCAACAGAGAUUCCAACCGAAGAGACAGAUUUUGUCAGCGGACUUCGCACAUUUGCCGGCUCUGGGGACCCUACACUGCGAGAAGGCCUGGCAACGCACGUGUACGCUGCUAACAAGAGCAUGACCAAGAAGGCAUUUGUGAACUCUGACGGAGAAUUCUUGAUCGCUCCCGAGAAAGGAGCACUGGACAUCCAAACCGAAUUUGGCCCUCUGUUCGUGCAGCCGGGGGAGAUUGUGAUUAUCCAACGAGGCAUUCGAUUCCGCGUGGAGCUGCCUGAUGGGCCCUCUCGAGGAUAUAUUCUUGAGAUUUGGGGCAGCACUUUUGAGCUUCCUGAGCUGGGGCCUCUGGGGUCUAACAGUCUUGCCAAUACGCGAGACUUUUUGACCCCCACAGCCAAGUAUGAGGUUAUCAAAGAGCCAUGGGAGAUUGUGUAUAAGCUUGGAGGAAAGUUCUUCAAGAGCACGCAACAGCAUUCCCCUUUCGACGUUGUUGCGUGGCACGGUAAUUACAUCCCUUAUAAGUACGAUAUGACCAAGUUUAUCAAUGUGGGGUCUAUAUCUGUUGAUCAUAUCGAUCCGUCCAUCUUUUGCAUUUUGACUGCCAAAUCUCGAGACCUGGCAGCACCUCUGGCGGAUCUCCUGAUCUUCUCUCCUCGAUGGGAUGUUGCUUCCCAUACAUAUCGCCCACCUUACUAUCACCGGAAUGCUGCCUCGGAAUUGAUGGGUUUGAUAUAUGGUGACUACGGUGGCCGAUCAGACGAGUUUAUGCCUGGCAGCAUUUCAUUUGAAUGCGGAAUGGUCCCCCAUGGUGUCGCAUACGACCAAUUCAAAGCCGCUACCGAGUCAGCACCUCCGGUGAUGCAAAUCUCGCCUGCGUCCAUUGCCAUCAUGUUUGAGUCAUCACGGCCAUUCACUAUUACAGACUAUGCGUGGAACUCGAACAAGAAGCAUGAACACGAGCCCAAGAUGUGGGAUAAUUUGGUUGAUAACUUUUCAGCACACCAGAAGGAGAUCGAUGAGAUUCUGUCCAAGCAGGGAGAAGUCAAUGGUAAGCAUUGA